AUGACCCGGCCGUCUUCUACCUCGGUGCCGACGCCACCGCCGGCGGAGGAGCUACACUCGGGGGCGGCGAUCGACGUCCUCACUGGGGACGACCUCCGCGACAUCUUCCGCCGCCUCUCCCUCGCCGACCUCCUCCGCGCCGCCCUAGCCUCUCACCGCUGGCGCCGCGUCGCCGCACGUUGCCUGCCCCGCGCCCCUCCCCUCCUCGGCUACUUCUUCCACCCCGUCAACACCGCUCCCCCGCCGCCCAUCGGGAUCGAGGAACCUGCGCCAGUCCACUACGACGCCGUGUUCGCUCCCCUCGACGCCUCCUCGCCGCGCCUCUCCCUCGACUUCGCCCCUGAGGCCUCCCGCUUCGAGCUCUACGACUGCCACCAAGGCCUCCUGCUUCUGCAGCCGACCGGGUCGCUCCCCAAGUGCAUCAUCCCCCGCAUCCUCGUCCUCGACCCUGCCACCCGCCGUAGCGUGCUUCUCCCGCCGCCGCCGCGCGACACAGUCCCCGACGACCGCCGCUGGCGCAGCUCAAGGUUCUACGUCGGCUCCGCGCUGCUCUCCCGCGCGCACCCGAGCAAGCUCUGCUUCGAAGCCGUCUGCUUCGCCAUCGACGACGGGCACCCGCGCGCUUGGGUCGCGUCUGUCGACAACGGCGAGUGCCGCUGGCGUGCGCUCCCGCGGGACGAGGACGUCGCGGUCGAUUUUCAUCCCAAGUGGUUCGAGGGCCGCUGCGUGCACGCCGCCGGGAAGAUGUACUGGCACAUCUGCAACUCCGAUCGCCUGCUCGUGCUAGACCCUGCCUCGCUGCGCUUCUCCUACCUGCUGGCGCCGGCAGAGCUGGCGGAACACUACUGCACGUACCGCAUCGGGGAGACGCCGGAGGACGGGCGGCUCUGCAUCCUGGCCGUGGCGAACAGUUCGUGGCUGCAGCUCUGGGUGCGCGGCGGCGAGGCCAACAAGUGCAGCGACAACGGGUGGCUUGUCGAGAGGGAUAUCCUGCACAUGCGCGUAGUGUGGGAGGCGGUUCCAGGCCUGCCCACGGACAUGGCACAGAGGAUCUUCUGCGUUUGGCCCAGCGACAUGGACGCCGGCCGCACCGGCAAGGCCUUCAUCAGGACCUUUGGAUACGGCCGCUACUCGUUACAUCUGGACACCGGCAAGAUCGAGCGCCUUGCAACGACGGAUGGCAAGGACUACGGGGACCCAAUCUGCGCCUACUUCCUUGCGUGGCCGCCUGCGUUCCUCGCUCCCGAGUACUACUGA